AUGGCCCCGUAUUCCGUGUUGGUGACCGGAGCAAAUCGUGGCAUUGGUCUGGGACUUGUGAAGGAAUUCCUCAAGAACAAGGAAAUUCAACAUGUUGUCGCUACGGCACGAGAACCUGACAAUGCAAAGGAACUGAACGGAAUCAGCGACAAGCGGUUGAGCGUCGUAAAACUCGAUGUUACUAGCGACGAAUCCAUCAGAAGCGCUUAUAAUGCGGUCGAAAAACUGCUUGGUGAUCGGGGCCUCACAGUCUUAUUGAAUAAUGCUGGUAUAUUUGUGAAGUAUUUCACGAACCAGGAACCAAAUCGUGCUGAUAUCAUUAAGAAUUUUGAUACGAACGCUGCAGGAGUUGCCGUACUCACUCAGGUGUUUCUACCGCUUUUGCGAAAAGCAGCGGCCCAUGCUGCUUCUGACGAGUUUACUACGGAUCGAGCGGCCAUAAUUAACAUCUCUUCUGGAGUAGCCUCAAUCAGUACCAAUACUACUGGAUCGAGCACAACUGGAAUGUUGGCCUACAGAAUGAGCAAGUCUGCACUGAACGCGUUGAUGAAAACAAUGGCAAUUGAUUUGGAGCCGGAGCACAUCCUAAUUACUUCUUUAUGCCCAGGUUGGGUGCAAACGGAAUUGGGUGGCCGGAACGCUCAAAUAACUGUUGAACAAUCCGCAGAAGCAUUAGUGACUUCAUUUGCUAAGUUGAACAAGGAUCAUCAUGGCGGUUUUUUUGAUCCUUCCACUGAUAGAUAUCGAUUUUCGAUGGCCCCGUAUUCGGUGAUGGUGACCGGAGCAAAUCGUGGUAUUGGUCUUGGACUUGUGAAAGAAUUCCUCAGGAACAAGGAAAUUCAACAUGUUAUCGCUACGGCACGAGAACCUGACAAAGCAAAGGUAAUUUAUCUACAUAAAUAUGACAAACGGCUGAGCGUUAUCAAGCUUGAUGUGACAAGUGACGAUUCUAUCACAGACGCUUACAUUGCGGUUGAGAAACUCGUAGGUAAUCGUGGUCUCACCGUAUUAGUGAAUAACGCUGGUAUAUUUGUGAAGUACUGUACGAAUCAGGAACCAAAUCGUUUUGAUAUCAUUAGGAAUUUCGAUACAAACGCGGCGAGUGUCGUUGUGCUUACUCAGGUAUUUUUACCACUUUUGCGAAAGGCAGCCGUCAACAGUGCUUCGGAUGAGUUCUCUAUAGGCCGAUCAGCCAUCAUCAAUAUUUCUUCUAUAUUGGGCUCAAUAAGCGGUCAUAGAACUGGGUUGAGCAGGUUUGGGUUGUUGGCGUAUAGGAUGAGCAAGUCUGCGCUGAACGCGCUGACGAAAACAAUGGCAAUCGAUUUGGAAAAGGAGCACAUUCUCAUCUCCUGUUUCUGCCCAGGAUGGGUGCAAACAGAUAUGGGCGGCCCAGCAGCUCACAUAAAUGUUGAAGAAUCCGCAGAAGCACUAGUUACUUCAUUUGCUAAGUUGAACAAGGAACACCAUGGUGGUUACUUCGGAAGAAAUUUAGAGCCGAUACCUUACUAA